UUGGCACAACAACAGGAGGCGCAGCAGGAGGGACUUUCCCAAGACGAGGAUGGCGCACAGGUGGCGGAUGAGGGGGAUCCCCAAAAGCGACGUCAGCGCCGCAGUGUGCCAGCACAAGAUGACGAGCACCGCGAUGCCGGCGGGGGAGGUGAAUGAUGAAGCGGGGGAGGCAGUGGAGGCGAGGCUGCAGCUGCAGCAGUCACCGCAGCUCAUCGACGACGCCUUCAUCUUCAUCCGCCGCACCGAAAAUGGAACGCAGUUCGUGGAGCACUCCCCGCAGCUCCUCAAGCGCCUGGAGCGAUGCUUCUACCGGAGUCCAGCUGCUGCUCUCGAUCUCUGCGAACCCGGCAACGUGCGCGGCGUUUUCCAGCAGAACGGCAGUGACCUGGUGAUCCAUCCGCUACCCUCGCGCUUCGGAACCGGGACGCAUGUGCUCUACCAAGCGAGGGUGGACAAGAAGGGGUACAGUGGGGCGUCGUCAAGGCGAACGGCGCCACCGUUAGACAGCCAGCUGCAGUUCGAGCCCGAUGCGGAGGAGUUCAAUGAACCGCGGAGGCGACUGCGGGCCCAGUCGCAGGCUCAGUCGCCGCUGAGAUUGCGGUUCCAGCCACGCCAUCACCAUCAUCAUGACCAGCAGCGGCAUCGCAGGAGGCGUCGCUACAUUGGAAACCCGCCGCGCAACCGCUGGUCGGACAUUCCGGAGGAGCUCUUCAUCGAAACGGCCAUCUUCGUGGACAGCGAUCUGUAUGCCCAUAUGCAGCGGAACUUUCCCACGAACACGGAUAGCCAGGUGGUCAGUUUUCUGCUGGCCAUGAUCAACGGUGUCCAGUUGCUGUAUCACCAUCCCACGCUGGGUCGUCGGAUCAACUUUGUGCUGAAGCGGCUGGAAAUCUGGAAGUCGUGGGAUCCUCCCGGCCUGGUUCGCUCCAGGGAUGUGGAGAACUACCUGAACAGCUUCUGCAAGUGGCAGGAGAAACUGAACCCCUUCUCCGAUGCCGAUCCCCUGCACUACGACCACGCCUUGGUCCUGACCGGUCUCGACCUGGUCACCUAUGAGAAGGGCAAGGCCAAUAGCCAGGUGGUGGGCAUGGCCACGGUCAAGGGAAUGUGCACCUCCAUUUACUCAUGCACGAUCAACGAGGCCAAGCACUUCGAGAGCGUCUUUGUGGUGGCCCACGAGAUCGGACACAACUUGGGAAUGAGGCACGACGCCAAGGAGAUCAGCUGUGAUCCCACCAUGCACAUCAUGUCCCCCAAACUGGGAAGUGGCAAGGUAACCUGGUCCAAGUGUUCGCGCACCUAUCUUGAGGAUUUCUUGAUGGAUCCUCAGGCCGAGUGCCUCUUCGACCGGGACCAGUUUGUGGGUCCUUAUGAUCACACUGCGGGUGGCCGUCUUCCCGGCGAGCGCUUCAAUGCCAACCAGCAGUGCAUGCUGCGCUUCGGAAAGAACUACAUGCAGGCCAGCACCCAGAGCAAGAUGGAAAUCUGUCGGGAUCUUCACUGCCGGCAGAACGGACUGCCCUGGACUUCUCACCCGGCUCUGGAAGGCACCGAGUGUGGCGCUAAUAUGUGGUGCCGCGGUGGUUCUUGUGAGGCGCGUGCCUCCAAUCAGGGCAGUUAUUCAGCCCUCAAAUCCUGGCCACCUGAAAACGUACCGGAAGCCACCCACGAGAAGAUCGUUAGACACGAGCCCAACAGGAUACCCCCAUUGCUGCACGACUACAAUCCGCUGGGGAACGAGCUGCCCGGAUCGUCCUCGAAUUGGGGUGAAUGGAGCGAGCCGAGUGCCUGUGAGUCCGGGUGCCUGUACGGACAAUCCCGACGCCUACUGGAGGGCAGCACGGGACUUCGCACCUUCAACAGGAGCUGCUUGAACUUCCCUUCCCGUUGCAUGGGCAGGGAUCGGCGAUUUGUGACUUGCAACUCGCCGCAGUGCCACAAGGUGCCGGUGCAGACGAUAGGUGACUUUGCCAGCCAGGUGUGCAUGCAGGCGAGGAAGUCGGAUCCGGAUCUUACCGGCGAGGGUCAGCAGCUGAGCACCACCCUGGAUGCCUCCUGCAAGAUCUUCUGCCGCACCAAAAGCAACGGCACCAAGUCCCGCCGGUGGACAUUCCCGGAUGGCACCACCUGCCAGUCGAAGCAGCACAACCCCGAGGACAUUACCUACUGCAUUUCCGGACGAUGUGAGCGCUUCUCCUGCGAUAACUCCACGUCCAACUUCUUUAAGAUGGACAGCAGCUUCUGCCAGGCGAGAUCAGUGCGCCCGACGAGGGAUUCCUCGGAUCAGGAGAGCAGGCCGCAGUCCACCAACCAGCGGUAUGCGGAGCGGCAGGAGGGGAUUAAGCACAAAAAUCACUAUGAGAAUGAGGUGGCAAAACGACCUCCGUAUGGCCAAGGCAACCACAUCAGUGCAGGACCAGCGCCGUACAAGAGGAGGACCUACCCCAAGCCCUAUUCCCCGGAGAUAUCUCGACCCCCUCCACCUGCCUCCGCCUCGCUGAUUGCCCUCGAUCGCAGCUCGUCCACGGAAUCGGAGUGGGUGGUCCAACCGGGUUGCCACUCCAACUGCAUAACCGACUCGAAGGGCGUCCAGGGAGUGACCUCCCGGCUGACUGGUGCGGAGAGCAUCCAGCUCUGCUCGUACCGCAUCCAACCCUGCGAGCGUUUGGAGACGGCGGCUGAGUAUGCGGAGCAGACCUGCGCCCGCUAUCGCCAGAAGGUGCGCGGAUUGUCCGGCCAUGGAGCCCAGAUCUCGGCCAGCAUCGAUGAGCCGGACCGCAGCUGCCGCGUGGGAUGCCAGGACGAGUUCAUCAAGUACCGGUACUACCUGGUAAACGGCCGCAAAGGACACUUCCCACCUGGCACUCGCUGUUCGCCGGUGGGCAAACGGUAUUGCGUAUACGGCAGGUGUCUGGAAUUCGGCGAUGACGAUCUGCCGCUGGAGAAGACCCACAUCAGCUUGGGUCAGCUGAGGACGCGGCGGAAAAGAAGUCUGGAUUCCAAUGAUUUACUUAACAUAACGGAGAUAAAUGGCACUGAGAACCUUAAACUUUCUGCAGAUAUCUCCGCCGAUAACAUCGAAUUCACAAAACCCAUUCACGUCUCCGCAGACGAACUGAGUAGCAAAAGCCGAUAGCCCAAUGGCUUCCUGGCCACAAUUCCCUUAGUCGAUUAAGUUCUAAGUUCUAGCUUAAGUUCAAGGCUGCCCACACAACUGCCUAAGAAAUAUAUAUGAAAUAAUAAACGAUUAAAAACAUUGAA